AUGAUCCUUAUUGACGAAGAUAGGGAUUACGUUAACGAAGACCACAUCCAUUCUUUUGCCAAGGCAUUGCUAUGGGACGACCAGGAUGAUGAUCAAGUUUCAGGAAAUUCAACUGGCUACUCACUGCCGACCUAUAAAUCUGCCAAACAAGAGGCUGAUGCACUUGGCCUGCAACAACUAGGCCAAAAUGCAUUCGCCUUGUCUCCUGUGACGUCUCCAAAUAGUUCUGGGCACUCAGAGAACGGUGAAGUGUCGAACUCAACAACAUCCAAGCUGGCAGCUUCUUCUCUGGCUAAACCUUCCUUAAUCGUUUCCAAGAACGAUUGGUUUCCAGUGGGAGGGCCCAAACCACGUCGUAAAAAGGGGAAACCUUCGACUUCGCAGCGACUCAGUAAUGAGUUCCGACUGCUGGCAUCGUACUUUUUCUUCCGUUGGCCAGUGCUCUUCUUUGUCGUCUUGUGGGUACUUUUCCUCACUACCUUGUACGCCGUAGUUCGGCUAUACGUGGCAUUGCUGGAGUACUUCUUUACGUGGACUGGGCAGAGAAAGGUGCUCCGUAACAAGCUCCGGGCAUCCAAAACCUAUGAGGAGUGGGUCGCUAACGCUAUUGAGCUUGACAAGUUUUUGGGUUUGGACAGAUGGCUGGAUAAUCCAAGGUUUUCAUACUACGACUCACAAACCGUGGCAAAAACCAUGCGCAAACUUAAAAUGCUCAGAGAAAAAGGUGAUAUCGCCGAUUUGAUGGUGUAUUUGCAAGGUUGCUUGAAGUCAAACUUUGCAGGUAUCGAGAACAGACAGCUUUACUCGCACAGGUAUUACGGCACGAAGAAAUUGGUGGAGCAGUACAUCGAGGAGGUGGUUCUCUGCAUCGAUGCUGUCACAGCUGCCGAUGCUAACACCGUUUCACCUAAACAGAAGCGCCGUUUCUUCCGUAUCGUGUCUAAGAAUUAUGGAAAAUCUGCCCUUUGCUUAAGUGGAGGUGCUUGUUUCGCCUACACACAUUUCGGACUUGUCAAGGCACUUCUUGACAAUGAUCUACUUCCGCUGAUCGUUUCUGGAACGUCUGGGGGUGGUCUUAUUGCUGCGUUGACUUGCACUCGUUCCGAUGAUGAAUUGCGCAAACUUUUAGUUCCCGAGUUGGCUCAUAAGAUCACGGCUUGUGAAGAUCCAUGGUACGUAUGGCUCCCCAGGUUCUGGCGAACUGGAGCCAGAUUUGAUUCGGUAUCUUGGGCCAGAAAGGCAAAUUACUUUACCAAAGGCUCCAACACAUUCCAGGAAGCAUACAAGAUCACUGGCAGAAAACUUAAUAUUUCGACAGUUCCUGCCGAGCCCCACUCUCCAGUAAUUUUGUGCAAUACCGUCACUUCUCCAAACUGUAUCAUCUGGUCUUCUUUAUUGGCCUCGUCCGCUGUUCCUGGAAUCUUGAAUCCUGUUGUGCUCAUGAUGAAAGAUCCAAAUACUGGAGAGGUUAUUCCUUUUAGUAUGGGUAACAAGUGGAGAGACGGCUCCCUUAGGACGGAUAUUCCUGUGGAUGCACUCAAUACCUAUUACAAUGUCAAUUUCUCUGUGGUUUCUCAGGUAAACCCACAUGUGUCUCUCUUUUUCUUUGCUCCUAAGGGUACCGUGGGAAGACCCGUGGCUAUCCCAAGGCGGAAGACUAGAAGGGAAAAGUAUGCGUCAUUGCGUGGAGGUUUCUUUGCAACAGCCUUUGAACAAUUGCUCAAGUUAGAAAUUAAAAAAUGGCUUCAAAUUGUGAAGACAUUGGACCUUUUACCUAGAUGGCUGGAACAGGAUUGGCUGAAUGUGUUCUUGCAAAGAUUCACGGGCUCUAUCACGAUUUGGCCUCGGAACCGAUUCAAAGACUUUAUCUAUAUUCUUCUGGAUCCCAACGAGGCUCGCAUGGCCGAAUACUUGGAAAAGGGCCAGCGGAGUAUGUUCCCCAGGCUCUUGUUCGUGAAGCACAGGUUGAGUAUUGAAAGGGCCAUUGAACGUGGAAGAAAAGCUACCAAGUCUACGGCUUCUGAGGCUGGAUUGGCGAGCAGCAGAUCCCCAUCUGCUGGUAUUGGAAGCGAUGGUGAUUUUAUGAACGGUGAUGGUAUUAAUAUUAUGGGAGGCAUUGACCAGCUUGGCGAUAAUUUACUUUCUGAGUCAAGUGACGAUGAGAUAAAGCGGAAACUUGCGGUGUCUCCUUUCGAUGUGAUGUAUCACGACGAAGAUACUGAUACUGAUGAUGAUGUCGAUGAUGAUGACGGUGAUGAUGGCAAUGGUGAUGGAGAGGUUAAUGUUGAUGUUGAUGACGAUGAUGAGAAUGGAGUACUCAAUGGAAAUGAUGAUCACUAUCUUAGUGAUCCUGAUCAAAAAGUCAAAUUCAGAAGAAACACCUCAUUGUUUUAG